AUGGCGGAGCCUCCAGGGGACAUUAUUCCGAUGGCGGAGCCUCCAGGGGACAUUAUUCCGAUAGCGGAGCCUCCAGAGCACAUUAUUCCGAGGGUGGAGCCUCCAGGGGACAUUAUUCCGAUGGCGGAGCCUCCAGGGGACAUUAUUCCGAUGGCGGAGCCUCCAGGGGACAUUAUUCCGAUAGCGGAGCCUCCAGAGCACAUUAUUCGGAUGGCGGAGCCUCCAGGGGACAUUAUUCGGAUGGCGGAGCCUCUAGGGGACAUUAUUCCGAGGGCAGAGCCUCCAGGGGACAUUAUUCGGAUGGCGGAGCCUCCAGGGGACAUUAUUUUGAGGGCGGAGCCUCCAGGGGGACAUUAUUCCGAGGGCGGAGCCUCCAGGGGACAUUAUUCUGAGGGCGGAGCCUCCAGGGGACAUUAUUCCGAGGGGGACAUUAUUCCGAUGGCGGAGCCUCCAGGGGACAUUAUUCCGAUGGCGGAGCCUCCAGGGGACAUUAUUCCGAUGGCGGAGCCUCCAGGGGACAUUAUUCCGAUGGCGGAGCCUCCAGGGGACAUUAUUCCGAUGGCGGAGCCUCCAGGGGACAUUAUUCCGAUGGCGGAGCCUCCAGGGGACAUUAUUCCGAUGGCGGAGCCUCCAGGGGACAUUAUUCCGAUGGCGGAGCCUCCAGGGGACAUUAUUCCGAUGGCGGAGCCUCCAGGGGACAUUAUUCCGAUGGCGGAGCCUCCAGGGGACAUUAUUCCGAUGGCGGAGCCUCCAGGGGACAUUAUUCCGAUGGCGGAGCCUCCAGGGGACAUUAUUCCGAUGGCGGAGCCUCCAGGGGACAUUAUUCCGAUGGCGGAGCCUCCAGGGGACAUUAUUCCGAUGGCGGAGCCUCCAGGGGACAUUAUUCCGAUGGCGGAGCCUCCAGGGGACAUUAUUCCGAUGGCGGAGCCUCCAGGGGACAUUAUUCCGAUGGCGGAGCCUCCAGGGGACAUUAUUCCGAUGGCGGAGCCUCCAGGGGACAUUAUUCCGAUGGCGGAGCCUCCAGGGGACAUUAUUCCGAUGGCGGAGCCUCCAGGGGACAUUAUUCCGAUGGCGGAGCCUCCAGGGGACAUUAUUCCGAUGGCGGAGCCUCCAGGGGACAUUAUUCCGAUGGCGGAGCCUCCAGGGGACAUUAUUCCGAUGGCGGAGCCUCCAGGGGACAUUAUUCCGAUGGCGGAGCCUCCAGGGGACAUUAUUCCGAUGGCGGAGCCUCCAGGGGACAUUAUUCCGAUGGCGGAGCCUCCAGGGGACAUUAUUCCGAUGGCGGAGCCUCCAGGGGACAUUAUUCCGAUGGCGGAGCCUCCAGGGGACAUUAUUCCGAUGGCGGAGCCUCCAGGGGACAUUAUUCCGAUGGCGGAGCCUCCAGGGGACAUUAUUCCGAUGGCGGAGCCUCCAGGGGACAUUAUUCCGAUGGCGGAGCCUCCAGGGGACAUUAUUCCGAUGGCGGAGCCUCCAGGGGACAUUAUUCCGAUGGCGGAGCCUCCAGGGGACAUUAUUCCGAUGGCGGAGCCUCCAGGGGACAUUAUUCCGAUGGCGGAGCCUCCAGGGGACAUUAUUCCCAGGGCGCAGCCUCCAGGGGGGUUUCCGAGGGCGGAGCCUCCAGGGGGGUUUCCGAGGGCGGAGCCUCCAGGGGGGUUAUACCAAGGGCGGAGCCUCCAGGGGACAUUAUUCCGAUGGCGGAGCCUGAGGAUUGGUCGAUUCUCACCAGGGAUGGGAUUUAUUUAUUAUCAUCUAUCAUUAGCUGAACGACACAAAUUAGCGCCCCUCCCCCGCCCUGUAAUUGAGAGAGGGAUAAAAGCCGCCGUCUCCCCGGUGACUGGAAGUGAUUAA